CCCCUCUGUGGCCCCGGGGAUGGCAGAAGUCCCUUGUGAAGAAGGUGGAGACUCGGCUGCUGUGAUGGAGCUGCUACAGCAGAGAGCACAGGGAAGGACCAAUUUCAGCCUCAGAUGCACUAAUGACAGAAAGGUCAUUAUUGUGGUCACCGUGCUCACCGUGGUGCUGCUUCUCAUAGUCACCAUCAUCAUGCUGGCAGCUAAGAAAGACUCACCCUGCCCAGCUCCCACCCUGCCCAGCUGCCUGGAGAGUGGGAUUGGCUUUGGGAACAAGUGCUUUUACUUUCUGGAGGAGGAAGUGGACUGGGAAGGGAGUCAGCACUCUUGCCUCUCCCGCCAAGCCCACCUGGCCACCAUCGACACCAGGGAGGAGCUGCAUUUCCUCCUGCGCUAUGGGAACUUCAUGGAGUACUGGGUUGGUCUCUGGAGGGAAGGUUCUGGACCUUGGAAAUGGCUCAAUGGUUCCCUCUUCAAUGCCCUGUUUGACAUCCAGGGCAGCGGCCACUGCGCCUACACGAACUCUCACAGGAUCAGCAGCGACAGGUGCUCUGAGACUAAAUUCUCCAUCUGCAGCCACCUGCAGAGACACCCCAGUGAAGUCCAGAAGGAUACAGAAAUCCUGAAUUCCACCUGA